AUGUCUGAUUUUACUUCUAAAGAUGAAUUUGACUUUAAUGACGAUAUCUUUUUUGAAGAGGAGAAAGUUGAUUCCCCCAAAAGUGUAGAAAAUGAGGAAAAUGCAGUUACCACCAUGUCGCUACUACAGGAAGAAGUCUCAUCAAAUUGUUUCAAUCAAAUAGAAAAUGAUAAGAUUAUUGCAAGGUUAUGUGGAAAGUGUGAACAAAAAUUUAGUCCAACAACAACUACUGGGGUUUUAAGUAACCAUCUCAACAAUAAGCAUAGUAUAGAACUUACCUUGAAGAGAAAUAGCUUAAUCCAAAGACCUUAUAGUAGAGGUGAUGCUUGA